AUCUAAAAUUCUCAAAAAAAGUAAAAGGGUUUGCAUGUAGACAGAAAUGUUAACAUGAAUCACAGUGUUGUUAAGUCGUUUUUCACUGUUUUCUUAAACUCUCAGAAAGCUGCUGGGAUUUAUGGGUUAUUUCUCUUUUGCGACACAAACCACAAAGCGGCUCAGAUCUGCUCUGAGUAAACUGAAGUCUAGACCGUUCUCCUGCUUCUCCUCCCUCGCUGCCUUUCUCCCUCAUCCCGCUGUCUUCCUCUCUGUCUUAUUUCGCUCUCUCUGGGUCUAACCUCCGUCAUGUCGUUUACGUUGACAGUUCAGAGCCCGGUUCUUCUUCUCCUCCUCUUCAGCGUCGUCAGCAUCCGCGCUUCGUCUGUCUAUCCCCCGUGGUGGUUGGAGCUCCCAGAGAUCGACGGCUCCGCGGUGGACAACAACUGCAGGAAUUUCUAUGACGCCACCCCGACCACCCUCACAGUGGAACCAGCAACUCCAGCCGCCACCAGAGCGCAGCUGAUGAAAACGACUCCAAAACCAACCAUCCGGUCACCACGGAAACCAGAACCUACGGCACCGAUCCAGACCCAGCCGGCUGUGAGAGCACCGCUCUCCAGGGACGCUGUUCUCAGACUCCUCCACCUCCUUCUAACCAACAGAAGAGGAGGCGCAGCUCGCCCUCCACAGACGGGCGACGCUUCCUCCAGCAGCGAGGAGCCGGCGGUGGCGUUCUGGAAAGUCCAAACGUUUCCCUCCAAAGACUCCAGUGAGGAAUCGUAACACGUCGACCUGGAGAACUUUUUAGAGCCGUUUCUGUUCAGCUUUCAGAAGAAGAGCGUGUGAAGAGAGGAGGUCCAUGAUGAUACACAUCAGAACUACAAAUACUAGAGAGGUUUCCAGUCAAAUAUGGACUAAAAUACACAACAGAGGCAACAACUCCAAAGAUCUCCAAGUAUUUUUGUCUAGUUUCUAAAUUAAAUAUCUUACGUAAAGCUGAUGUACUGCUAAGGUGAACAACUUGAUAUGAGACCAAACCAGUGACUUUUUAUUAAGAUGUAAUGAGUUGCUUUAAGUUAAUAAAUCUUAAAUAUCUUGGUUA